CAAGCCAUCCACUUAUCGUGCACUUCCUUUCCGAUGAUUGUACAGAAGUUGUUUUAUUAUUAUUAUUAUUAUUACUUUUUUUCUCCUAGAUUUUCUUGGUCGCCCUCUCCCAGCCCACUCUCUCGUUGAUACGCACGCACGAACACGCGCACCCGCACACACUCACACACGCGCGCACGCAUGCACUCGCACGCACACAGACGCACACGGUCGAGCCGUUUCCGCACGCACACACCAGCUCACCCGCACGCGCUCACGCACGGCACUCACACACAAAAGUGAUAUUGUAACCUGUACAUAUAUACACGACGUUAUCUUCAAUCGCAUUGGUUUUGUUUUCCACGAUUUUAAUAAUAAUAAUACUGUAAAUUAAUAUUAUGCUGUACGCAUGUAACGCCGACACGCGCGACAGCGGUUACAUUGUUAUUGCCGUUCAGUAGUAACAAUCGUUACCAUGCGCUGAACCGCGUUUCGUUGCUCUCGUCUUCGUCGGUACAGCCGCAGCCGCACGCGCCUUCGUUCCUUCGCCAUUGCUACUCGUGUCUCGGUCGCCGUUGUCGCGUUUCCUUCGUCGUAUACCGUUACCCACCGGCACCCAGUCGACGUUGUCGCUGAGCCCCCCGUGCGUGCGGAGAGAUGCCGUAGCUGCGGCCGUAUCGUUCGACGUCCGACAUCGCGCCCCCUCCGGACGGUACCCCGCAUACGACACCUGUGUAACGCACGUUAUCGUUGCGCCUUCAAGAUUCCGUCGGACGCGGUCGCCACUGCCGUUCGUUCAACAUGUCACCCAUGUCCAACGAUAAGUCCCAACCUCCGAGCACCUCGUUGGAAUCGUCCGAUGACGAGUUUCACCCUCCGUGCACCACGUUGGAAUCGUCCGACGAUGAGGUGAUAACGUUGUGCGAGUCGGACGGAUCGGACCAGAUCGAGCCCACCGCGUGGGUCCCUGAAUCGAAGGAAGUGCUCGGGUCCGACUAUUACAACCCGGCCUGUAAGUGCGGCGGCGGCGCCUAUUUAGGCCACAUCCAUACGAUUGCUAUGUAUGAAAAUCAUAAAUCGAUUGAUUGUAUUAUAUAUCCAAGGAAAACCCCCAUGCCAUAUCUUGCACCAUUUUAUUUUAGAGGACUUAAGAAGUUUGAGAAUGUGACAAGAGAUCUGUGUACAACUUUUGAAACUAAAGUACUAAAUUUAAUAAAGACUUGGGAAAACUGUAGUAGUAUACUUUCUGAUGACCCUUGCGCUGGAACACAUGUAUUUUUGCAUUAUGCUAUUGGUGAAUCUGCUAUUCUCGUUUUACAUCCCGAUUGGGAAAAUAUUCCAAAAAAACAUAAAAUUGAACUUUCUUCGAUUUUCAAAAGAAUGUUAGCUAGCUUACAUCUGAUGAAAGUUCACCUAGAAUCAAUAAAAUCUUGUCAUUUUAUGCUUUCUAUUAUACAAAACCCAUGGGAUCAUCAUUAUUUGCCAAAAUUACUUUAUGGAGAUCCAUGUGAAGAAGAAGUUGCCAACUUUAUCCAGUUUGAAAAGAGUAACAUAUUUGCUCUGCGCUUAAAAAUACUUUGUGAGGAAAAGUGUGACGCUCAAGCUUUAAGAUUAUCCUGUAUGGCAAUGCGUUUGAUAAAUUUUGAAUUAAAAAGUAGAUACCAUAUUGAAGAAGAAGAUUUUCUCUUCAUCAGAGAUAUUUAUUAUGCAUGCCUUGAAAGGGCAAAUAGAAAAAAAGAACUUGUUGAUCAUUUACUCAGGUUUACUCCAAAAGAUGAUGGGCAGCUUUUAAUAAAAAGGUAUUGUGAUAAAAUUCAGAGUUUUUCAAAUCAAAAAAAAGAAAGUCGACCAAGAAUCUGGAAAGAUAUGGUAGAAGUUUGUGAAAUGGCUGCUUGCAUUUUGGUUUCUACCUCUCUCAAAAAACCUAGAUAUAUUAAAGAGUUCUGUUGGAUAACGAAGCAAUGGAGUGUCUUGAUGAAAACAUUGAUGGAAUCUGACUUGAAAUCUGAUAUGUAUUCUCGUAUUAAAAAUAUGAUCCAAAGAUUUGUUAAAAUUGCAUCUACAACCGAUCAUUUAUAUUGGUUAAUUGAUAUUAUUUAUAAUGAAUUUGGUUCUAAAUUGUCUCGAACUUUGUACUUGGAAAUGUAUAUCCUUGCAAUAAACAAGAAUAUAAAUGAAAAAGAACGUUGCAAACAGUUGAAUGAUUCAGAUGGAUCCCUUAAAUCAAUACAGAAGCUAGUCCAAGGUUAUUUAAAAUUGGCCAAUCUUCUAGAAGAUUUAGUGAUUGUAUGCAGAGAAUGUAUUUUAUCUGCAUAUACUUUAUUGCCUUCAAGUGAUCUUUUGACCAGAAUAGAAAAUUUAGCUUCUAAGAGUGGAAAAGUUUCAGAAGUUCCAAUGGAUUUUGAUUCUGAAGUUUUUUAUGACGAUAAACCUCGUGUUAAACCAAUAAAAUACCGUAAAACUCUUAAUUCUAAUAAAGAUGGUAUAAAGAUUGAAGAACCUGUACCUGAAACCAAUACUCAUUAUAAACCAGAAAUAAUAGAAAAAUUUAUGGCUGAUUAUGUUGAAUAUGAUAGUUAUACUAAGAUAAUUUCUGAGCUAGAUAAAUUGCCAGAGCCACUAUCACCAAUCAUGAAAGAUGAUCUAAUUUCAGUUAUAAAAGUACCUCGCUAUGGAAACUUCAAUUGGAAUUUAGAUUGGUCAAAAAUGAAAUUUGAAUGCUUAAAUUAUUUAGAAAGCUUGGAUUUAAUAAUCAAACGAAAUACUUUUAAACAUUCUGAUUUAAAAUUCAUUAAAAUGGACGUUGAAAAAUAUAAUGAAUUAACAGGAGUGAAUUAUAAAAAAAUAUCUCAUAGUAAAAGUUAUUCUAGCAGUGACAAUUAUUUAAGUGAUGAAGAUUCUUUACCAUCAGCUGUUUCAUCUGGGGAUAUGUUAUCUCAUUCAGGAAAAUAUGUUAAACACCGUUCGCGUAAAGGAAAAGCUCGCUCAAGAAAACGGAAAGGUACUUCACGCAAACGAUCAGCAAGAGCUAAAUCAUCUAAAGCUAGACCACCGAAAAAGCCAAAAGUUGAACAACCUGAAACACCUAAAACUGAUGGUAUACAAACCAGACAAAGUUUUAAAUAUCAAAAUAGUUUUGAAGAAAAUGAUGACUCGACUGUAAGCUCCUUUUUAAAUGAUGAAACUCAGUCUAAAAAUACUAAUUUAUCAAAUGAAAAUGGAGAUAAUUCAAUUGACUCUAUUUCAAACGAAAAUGUGGAAGUUUUCAAAAGUGAAUCAGAUAAAAUACCCAACACUAAUAGAAACUCUAAUCCAAUAGAUAGAGUAAAACGAGAAAAAAGAACUGUCAAUAAAAAUCAACAUAAAGAUUUUGACUAUUCGUGGAAUCCUAGAAAAAGGCCUAGCAAAAAAGAUGAAAAACUUGAAAGCAGUAAUAAAAAUUCAAUGGAAAAAAUUCAUGAUUUUGAUCUCCCAUCUCCUAAUAAUGAACAUUUGACUAUGCUAUCUGAACGAAUUCCUCAACUUAGUUCAUUAGAUUUUAUCAGGCCAGUAAAUACAGAUCACAUUGUUAAUGUUGUACAAAUUCAAGCUACAUCAAAGACUUUAACAAAUGUUUCACAAACACAAACUGAUCAUGUUUCAAAUCAUUCAAAUAACGAAAAUGAAAAGAAAAGUAAUGAUAAUCAAAAUAAUGCUCAAUCAUUGGAUGAUUUUGUGUCUAUGUAUCAAUCAAAUUCAUUAAAUAAUAUAAAUUCCAAUCAAAAUUCUGGAACUCCCCAUCAUGGUGAAUGUAGUUUUACUGGAAGUGUGUCUGUAAGUAAUCAAAGAAUAACAACUGAUUCAAAUACAUGUGUCCACAGUACUGGUCAGCUAGAAACAAAUAAACCAAUAGGAACACAUGAUGUGCUAUUAAAUCAAAAUCAAAUUAACCUUGAUCAUCGACGUUGGAAUGAUAUUCAAUUACAAACCUCUGGGGAACGACUACAAUCAACAACUGAAAAUGUACAUUCAUCAUCAAAUGUGAUUGUUCGUAGUUCUGAUGUGAAUAAUACUAGUCAUGUAACUACAAAUACAGGACAAAAUACUAAUGCAAUGAAAAAGACUUCAGCUUAUAAUAUUAAAAAUCGUGAACGAUUUGAUUUAUCAUUACCAACAUCAAUAUCUUCUGUAUCAACAAAUUGUAAUCGUUCUACAAAUAUACCAUCAGCAAUUAAUUCAAAUAAAGUAACCUUUGAUUCAAAACUUCAACAAAAUUCUCUGGUUCAAACAUCAGUUGGCUUGCAAGUUAAUUUUAACAACCAACAUUCUGAUGGUUUACAUAAUAAGAUUUCCCCAAAUAACCAACCUUCUCAAAUAUGUACCAAUAUAACUGAUAAUCCUACUUCAAAUAAUUUAUCUAUACUAAAUGAUCAAAUUAUGAAUUCAAUAAAUAGUAGGAUUAGCACCUCUUCAAUUGUGAAUGCUUCAUUUUUUAAAGAAAACAACUUAUUUGAUCAUUUAAAAUCAAAUAAUUCUAUUGCAAAUCCAGUCUCAAGUACACAGACUCAAACAUGUAUUGACUUACAGCCAUCAAAUGAAGUUUUGAAUCCUAAUUCUUCAGUGAUAUCGUUAAUGAUUGCUUCAACUCAAAGUCAAGUUAUAAAAACAAAUGUACAUAACUCAUCAUACACAUCUUCACAAAACUUAAGAAUUCAAAAUCCCGAUUUAAACCAUAUUUCUAAAUCAAAUCGAUCAGAUGAACAAAAGAAAAUUGACAAUCUAAAAUUAAUAAGUCAAACAUUUACUGCUACUUCGCAAGCAAUUAAAUUUGUUACUAGCAGUUCAGAAUCACAACGUCUUAUUCAUACCAUAGAUAAAAAUAGUACUCCAAAUGUAUCAAUUUUCCAAAAUACUGCAGAAUGUGUUUCUAGUAUUAGCCAGGAAAAUGACUUAAGUUCUAAAUCAUCUAAUAAAGGACGUGGAAAUAUGAGAUCUUAUGAAAGUAAAACCAGAGCUUUAAAACAAGCCAAUAUGUCUGAUAUGUUUGUAUUUGAAAAAGGAACUCUGUAUGCAGUUCAAGAUGAAGUUAUAAAUCAAAUAGAACCAUCUAAAUCAUUGAUCUCUCCAAUAAAUAAUACCAUGCCUAAUGUAAAAAUUCAAAAUAAGCAAGUUAAAGAAUCUUUAGAAAAGCCAAAACCUUUACCAAAUGCAUCUCCAAAUGUUACAGUCACGGGCUCAAUGUUACCAAGAUUCCAACAAGUUUUCGGUAAAACAAAAUUUCAAAGCUCAUCUGUUAUCAAUGACACUUCAUCAUUUUGUUCAUCAAACGUGGUAAAUAUUCCCUCUUCAAAUCCUGGGCCAGUUAUAAAUCGAACUAAUUUAUCAACAUCUCGAGUAUAUUCAUCUUCAAAAGGGGUACAGACAAAUCAUGAUGGUGAUCCAAUUUGUUCUAAUUCUAUGAACUGCUUAUCACCAAAAUUGAUAGAAAGUAAACUUCAACAUAGUCUUAAUGUGACAAAAUCUAAUAACAUUAUGACACUUGGCAACAACAAAAAUAAUGUUACAAUGAAGUCUAAAACAGUUUCAUCUGUUAAAAAUAUUCCUCAAGUAUCUGUAUCAUCUAGUCAUCAUUUACUUUCUAGUAACAUUGAUAAUAAUAUUGUUAAAAAAGAAGUUAUUGGGUUACCCAUUCCUAAAGUUCUAUCUGCAUUUACUUCAAAUUGCAAUAAUUCAGCGAUUGCAUCAUCUAGUUCUAAUUUGGUAUAUUCAAUUCCUAUACAAGCUGAUUCAAAAGGUAAUAGUAGUAUUGAAAAAUCUUUACACAGUGUAACCCAAAUUCAAAGACAACUAAAAGUUACUCCUUCAAUCAUUCAAACUGUAUUACGUAAACAUCCUACUUGGCAACAAAAUUGUUUUCGUCAAGGCAAACAAAGUACUGAAGUACAGACAACUUCAACAGUUGAAAAGUUAAUUUCUACAAAUAUUGUAAAAACUACUAUUGAUUCGUUAAACAAUAAGAUAUCAAUAAGUGCAAGCAAAUCUAAUGUUUCUGAAUCAAAUGUUAGUUCUUCAAUGAUGGAACAAGUGAGGGAAUUUGAAUCUGUGUUGGAAGAAGUUAGGAAAACUUCAUUGAUGAAUGAAUUGAGUACAGCUAGUAUAUUACCACAAAUAAAUCACGAAAUAAUUCAGAUUCAUUCGCCUACAGGAAAUGUUGACUUACUUAAUACAGAUAGUAAUCAAACAUUAUUUCCUUUAAACAAAAAAUCUAAUAUAAGCAAUGAAAGAGAUCGCUGUUCAUUUUCAUUUAUAAAUCAAACAUUACCAAAUGUAAGUGAUUUAGCUACUGAAGAAAAAGAACCAGUAUCGGUACCAUCCACAAUUAUUUCCGUUCGUAGUGUUACUCCUAUACCAAUGGUAACAUCCCCCAGCAACAACAGUAUGCCGAUUAUUCCAGUUGAUGGGUCAAAACAGAUUGCAAACAAAGUAAAACCUAUUAUUAAAACACCAGUUAGUUCUCCGUCGACUUCAACUGUUAAAGUUCCAGUGUUGCAGAAACCCUUACCCAAAUUGCAAGAAGAUGAGCAAACAACUCAAAGAAUAUACGCAAUUCUUGAUAAAUAUGCAGAACAACUUCGUAAUUCACCCGAACUAAAAAAUAAGCCAGCUCCAAGACGUAGAACAAACCCACCUACAAAUCCAAGCUUGAAUGCUAAACGUAAAAAGUCCAAUCACUUAAAUUUAAAAACUUGUUCUCAACAAACAUCUUGCUCAUCGUCUGGCAUGGAAAUGAGUCCUACUUCUGACAUGCAAGCUAUUGACAGUGAAGAUAGUUCUAAUGCUGUAAGCCAUUUUUCACAUAUUAUAAAUUCGCCUUCGCGAAUUUCAGAUGAACAAACUACAACAGUGAUUUCAGAAACUCCUUUAAUUGAAAAUGCAUUGAUUAAUGUCAAUGAUGUUAUUAAGAAAAUUAAUGUUGAUGCUGAAAUUAAGUCUAAAGUAUCUCAAUCUACGCAAAUUGUUGUAAGUGGAACAUCUGGACCUUUUUUAUCCAUUCCUGAAGGUAGUGCAGGAAAUGUUAGACUUCUUGUGGCUGCUGGGAGUAAUCAAAAAAUGUACAGAUUACAUUGCCCUGUCACUGGACCUGGUCCUGUUCUUUUUCAUCAAAUCACAACUAAAGACUCUUGCUCAAAUGAUGUCAAAAUUUCUUCCAAUAUAUUAGGCCAAAGUAUAAACGAAUCCAAUAUUUUGUCAGCAUUAUCCACUGAUGAUUUACAAGUUACUAAUACUAGUCUUGGAAAUGAAAUUGUACUUAAUGCUUCACACAAUUCAACAGUUUUUGAACAUAAAUUAAACAAAUCUGAUAUAAUUGUAGAAUCAUUGGAAAAAGCUAAAGUACUUGAUAAUAAUGAAAAGCAAUUGCCGUUUCCUGUUAUGAAAAAAAAUCAAGCAUCUCAAAGUACAUUUAGUGUCAUACAUACUCUUCCGUGUAAACCUAAACUAGAACCAUCUGAUAAUAGUGAAUUAUUGUCUGUAACUCAAAAUAACAUUUUGGAAAAUAUUCAAAAAAACUAUUGUGAUAAUAAACCAAGCAAUUCAAGUAUUAAACAAGAAAUAACUGAUGAUUCUAGCAAUGAUAAAGUUGUUUGUACUCAAGAAAAAUCAACUAUAACUAUUAAAGAAGAGCCAUCUUUUGUUCCGCCUGGAUCUUCAGAAAGUACUAACAUUCCAUCAUUUCAUUCUCACGAAAUUGAAAAAGAAACUAAUAAAGGUACAUCUAAUAUGAUUGAAAAAGAUUGUCAACAAAAUAUAACCAAAACUGAUGAAAACAAAAUGGAAAUUACAAACACAAAUCAGAUUCCAAUUGAGCGUUUGAGUGAAAAUGAUCGAAAUAAAAUGAAAAGCGAUGAUAAUUCAACAAUGAAGCAAAAAGUUUCAUCUACUAUUACUACAGAAGGUGCAUCUAGCACAUUAAAUAUUUCCAGUUCUAUGAAUAAAGAAGAAAGUAAACCAAAUAUAGCAUUAAGUGAUAUUGCUGCUGCUUCAGCUGCUGAAAUAAUUUCUACUGCCAACCAAACAUCAAAUGCUUAUAAACAUAAAGAAGAGCUAUCUCCAAAACAACCAGUUAAAAUAGAGUGUGAAUCAGAAAAUGAAAAUGAAAAUACUUUAAGUAAUACUGUGUACAAUAUGUUAGAUGAUCAAUCUACUACCAAUAUAAACACUAAAAUUGGAUCAUUAACUCAUCGUUUAAAAAAUGAUUUGUCAUCCAAGAACUGGAACAACUGUUUAUCUAAAAUAAUGCCUCCUGGAACUCAAAAAAUAUUAGAAGGCGAAAACUUGAAACAACUACAGGAAUCAUUUCAACAAACUAAAAUAAAAACAUUUAAAGAUUUAAAAAUAUUUGUAUUUGAACAAUGUAAAAAAUUUGACCAUAAUGUUGAAACUCCCAAGGAAUAUGAUUUAUAUGACGAUAUUGAUGGUCUGGGUGUUGAUAAACCAAGUACAAAUGAAUUAUUUCCAGAAGUUGCCAUAUUAAACGAUUUAGAUAAAUCUGUGAGUCCAACACUUGGUCUAUUACAAGCAUCUACAUCAAAGUCGAAUGAUUCAAAUGUCUUCCAUAGUAAACGUAAAUCAGUUUUGUCUCAUACAACUACCUCCACAGUAAGUACUUCUGGUGUUGAACUAACAAGUAGUCCUUCUAAGAAAAAUAAAACCAAAGUAUCAUUUUUAAAACAAGCUUUGUAUAAUGAAAUGAACCAAGAUUCCAAUGAUUGUGAAACAAAACCAUUUAUAAACGGCACAAAACCUAUUUUGGAUUCAAUUGAACAUAUUGAUUCAUGCCCAGAAUCACCUUCAAAUACUGCUGCUGCAGAUUCUGAAACAUGUAUGUCUGAAGAUAGCACUUCAACAAUUAGUAGUGGAACACCACAUUACAAUUUUCGCAAAAGUAAACGCAAAAAUAUUGAAGAAGAUGGAUUUAUAGAAUCUCAAGUGAUAAAACGUAUGUAUAGAGGACGUACAUCUGAAGAUAACGAAGAAAAAUCUGAGCUUCCUAAACUUAACAAUACAAAACUUCAAACAGCUGAACAGAAAUUAAGUGCUGAAAAAAGAGAAAACAAUAGAAGAUUAUCAAAUCGCUUAAAAAAGAAUAAUGUUAAGAAUAAUCAACAUUUAUCUAAUAAAUCACCACAAAUGGGCAGUCCACCUAACAAGAUGACAACUACAAGACUAUCCCUCAGGAGAAUUUCAAAAAAAUCUACUUAAUUAGCAUCAGUAAAAUUGUAUAUCUAUGUUAAAUAUUUAAUGCUACUAAAGUUACCAUUACUCCAGCUGGAGGAGUAAAUUAUCUAGCACAAAAAUCAGAAAAACUGGUAAUUGUUACAUUAUUGAUUAAUAUAUAUAUAUAUAUAUAUAUAUAUAUAUAUAUCAAUUAAUACAUAUGUUUAUUUAAUAAAAAUCAAAAUUGUAAAAUUGAAUUUACUUUUGCCAUUGUUGAAACCAAAUUUGAUUUACAUUAUUUCUAUUCAU